UGUAUAAUUGUAAUUAUUUGUUCAUGUCACACUGGUGAUUGGUGAGUGCGGUGCCCUGAGAGCACAUUCACAUGCACAUUUACAUUCAUCGUCAUCAUCAUAACAUAAAGUCAUAAGAUAUUAAAAAAAAGAUACACAAACGGUCCACUGCAAAAUACAUAGAACUCUUUCUAGAAGCGAAGAGACGCAGAAACAGCCCUAGCUAGCUCGCUCACACCACACGCCCUCAAAUCUUCUUCUUCUUCUUCCAUCAUUUCCAAUUCAAACUUUCAUUGUUUUCUUUUGAUGUUUGAUGCGUGAUCGCCAUGUACAUGACGGCGUAUUCCUCUUCUUCCUCUAUGCUCCUCAGAGCAACAAGGACUAAGCUCAUCUCUUCCUCUCUUUCUAGAACCUUCCUUUCUUCUCCUCCUCCUCGCCCUACCGCUUCUUAUCGAUCCCUUGCCUUCUCAUCCACCGCCGCCGCCGCCUUCCGUUCUUCCUCAGUCGCCGCCCGCUGGAGCCACUGGAGGUCUCCCCUCAGCCUCCGCUCUCAGAUCAGGGCUGCCGCUCCCGUCCUCGAGCGGUUCCACCGCAAGCUAGCCACCGCGGCUGGUGAAAAUCCUUUCAAGGGAAACCUUACCAGUCUUCCUAAGCCUGGAGGUGGCGAGUUCGGAAAGUACUACAGCCUUCCGUCUCUCAAGGACCCAAGGAUUGAUAGGUUACCAUACUCUAUCAGAAUUCUGCUUGAAUCUGCCCUCCGUAAUUGUGACAAUUUCCAAGUGAGUAAAGAAGAUGUAGAGAAGAUUAUUGACUGGGAAAACACUGCUGUAAAGCAAGUUGAAAUUCCUUUCAAACCUGCUCGAGUCCUUCUGCAGGAUUUUACUGGUGUCCCAGCUGUUGUUGAUCUGGCUUGCAUGCGUGAUGCUAUGAAUAGACUUGGCAGUGAUUCUAACAAGAUCAAUCCUCUGGUUCCUGUUGAUCUUGUCAUCGAUCAUUCAGUUCAGGUUGAUGUAACAAGGUCAGAGAAUGCUGUACAAGCCAAUAUGGAGUUCGAGUUCAAGAGAAACAAGGAGAGAUUUGCUUUUCUUAAAUGGGGCUCAACUGCUUUCCAUAAUAUGCUUGUUGUUCCACCUGGUUCUGGUAUAGUACAUCAAGUCAAUCUCGAAUAUCUUGGGCGAGUUGUUUUCAACAAUGAGGGUCUACUCUAUCCCGACAGUGUGGUUGGGACUGAUUCCCAUACAACUAUGAUAGAUGGACUUGGCGUUGCUGGAUGGGGUGUUGGUGGCAUUGAAGCAGAGGCAGCUAUGCUUGGACAGCCUAUGAGCAUGGUAUUACCUGGAGUGGUUGGGUUCAAGUUAUCUGGAAAAUUGCGCAAUGGUGUUACAGCUACUGAUUUGGUUCUUACCGUGACACAAAUGCUUAGGAAACAUGGUGUUGUUGGAAAAUUCGUUGAAUUUUAUGGUGAUGGUAUGGGUGAGUUAUCAUUGGCUGACAGGGCCACUAUUGCCAACAUGUCUCCUGAAUAUGGAGCAACCAUGGGUUUCUUCCCCGUAGAUCAUGUUACAUUACAAUACCUAAAGUUAACUGGAAGAAGUGACGAGACUGUGGCAAUGAUAGAGGCUUAUCUCAGGGCAAACAAAAUGUUUGUUGACUAUAAUGAGCCUCAACAAGAUAGAGCUUAUUCAUCCUACCUUGAAUUGAACCUUGAUGAUGUUGAACCUUGUAUUUCUGGGCCAAAGAGACCUCAUGAUCGAGUGCCUUUGAAAGAAAUGAAGUCCGAUUGGCGUGCAUGUCUUGAUAACAAAGUGGGCUUUAAGGGAUUUGCAAUACCAAAAGAAGCACAAGGCAAAGUUGCGAAAUUUAAUUUCCAUGGGCAGCCAGCUGAGCUGAAGCAUGGCAGUGUUGUGAUUGCUGCAAUUACAAGCUGUACAAAUACAUCAAACCCAAGUGUUAUGCUUGGGGCUGGUCUUGUAGCCAAAAAGGCCCACGAUCUAGGUUUGCAGGUUAAGCCUUGGGUAAAAACUAGUCUUGCUCCUGGCUCUGGAGUUGUUACAAAAUACCUACAUCAGAGUGGUCUGCAAAAGUAUCUAAAUGAACAGGGUUUCAAUAUUGUUGGAUUUGGCUGUACAACUUGUAUUGGCAAUUCAGGAGAGCUGGAUGAAUCAGUUGCUUCUGCUAUCUCAGAAAAUGACGUUGUAGCUGCUGCUGUAUUGUCUGGGAACCGUAACUUUGAAGGCCGUGUACAUCCUUUGACAAGAGCUAACUACCUUGCCUCCCCUCCUCUAGUUGUUGCUUAUGCCCUUGCUGGCACGGUUGACAUUGACUUUGAAAAGGAGCCAAUAGGGACAGGGAAGGAUGGCAAGAAUGUCUACCUUAGGGAUAUUUGGCCAUCCACUGAAGAAAUUGCACAGGCUGUUCAAUCUAGUGUGUUGCCUGACAUGUUCCGAAGUACAUAUGAAUCUAUUACCAAGGGUAACCCUAUGUGGAACCAACUACAAGUUCCUGUUGACAAGUUGUAUUCGUGGGAUCCCAACUCAACAUAUAUUCACGAACCUCCGUACUUCAAGGGCAUGACCAUGGAUCCUCCUGGAGCUCAUGGUGUUAAAGAUGCCUAUUGCCUACUGAAUUUUGGUGACAGUAUAACUACUGAUCACAUUUCUCCUGCUGGAAGUAUUCACAAAGACAGUCCUGCUGCAAAGUACCUUAUGGAGCGGGGAGUGGAUCGCAAGGACUUCAAUUCUUAUGGAAGUCGUCGUGGCAAUGAUGAGGUGAUGGCAAGGGGAACUUUUGCCAACAUCCGCAUUGUUAACAAGCUCUUAAAUGGUGAAGUUGGCCCAAAGACAGUUCACAUUCCUACAGGAGAGAAGCUUUAUGUGUUUGAUGCAGCAAUGAGAUACAAGAAUGAAGGACAUGACACCAUUGUGCUGGCUGGAGCUGAAUAUGGUAGUGGAAGUUCAAGGGAUUGGGCUGCCAAGGGUCCCAUGCUAUUGGGAGUCAAAGCCGUGAUAGCCAAGAGUUUUGAGAGAAUUCAUCGCAGUAACUUGGUAGGAAUGGGUAUUAUUCCUCUCUGCUUCAAAGCUGGUGAGGAUGCCGAGACUUUGGGGUUGACUGGCCAUGAACGGUACACCAUUGACCUUCCAAAUAAAAUCAGUGACAUAAGGCCUGGUCAAGAUGUAACUGUCACAACCAACACUGGAAAGUCUUUCACCUGCACAGUUCGUUUCGACACCGAGGUGGAACUGGCUUACUUUGACCACGGAGGCAUCCUCCCAUAUGUCAUCAGGAACCUCAUUUCACAGUGAAAAACCGUCUGUUGAUGGGAAAUGUUUAACACUUCUUACCAUUCUAGCAGUAGUUGAUGUGAGAAAUGAGAAUAAGUUUUUCAAUAAAUAGGAAAGAAUCCCUUUUUUGAGGGAGGCAAUUUUACUUUUUGAC